AUGAAACGACAGAAUUGCCGCGAGCGAUUGACCUGCCCCAGUCGCACGCACAUCACCAAGAAGAACAACGGUGGCUCUCCAAGGUAUAUGGCACCGGAGCUCUUUGACAGCAAGACGAAGAUCACGGAAAAGAUCGAUGUUUGGGCUAUGGGCUGCAUCUUUGUGGAGGUCUGCGGUGGGCCUCUACCCUAUGAGAACAUCACAACGUUGGCUGACCUCACCAAAGAGAUGCUUAUCAACAGGCGCACGCCCGACAUUCCUGACUUCAUAUUCGGCUCGAUGCGAGAGAUUUGCAGCAGUUGCCUCAGCUUCCACUACGAAAAACGGCCCAGUAGCCGUCAAGCUUUCGAGCAGCUCAAGGUAGCCAAGCGAGCGUCGCGCGAAGUGAAACUUACGCUCACCGCAUGA